AUGUUGAACGACUACUUAAGUUUAGGUUCGAACAGCGAAGUUCCGCAAAGGCCGAGGAAGUUGAAACGUCCUGGCGGAAGACGAUCCGAGCCUGAGCAAGACCCCAAGGCGCUUCCGUCUUUGGAUUACGUUUACGAUAUCUACUACCGUGAGGUUGUUCCAGAGGACGAAUUUGUGUUUGAUGAGAGCACAGUGGGGUACAUCAAGAUAGUGGAGGACAGUGGCGAUUUGAUUCCAGAAGAAGAAGAUGACGAAAAUAGCCUAGCUCUGUCAGACGACGAGGACUCCAACGACGAGGCAUACUACAGAAACGACUAUCCAGAAGACGAGGAUGACGACCGCUCCGUACUCUUUGGAAGCGAUGACGGAGUUGUCGCAACGGCAAGUCGGCAGUAUGCAGAAAGCGACGCUAGCGAAGGAACGGGAGCUGAAUCUGCGCCUAGCCAUGUUGCAAUGCUGGGCGAUGAGGAAACUGAUCUCCUUUACCAGAAAUUCGCGGGAGCCCCUAACGUUUUACAGGCUGCGGACACUUAUUUCGAUUCCACUGACGAGCGCGAUGGCGUUUCCGAUGAGGAACUCGAAGAGGACCAUGACAUCGUCGGUUUCACCCAACACGACUUUUUCCCCACUGACGCCGAAGAUCCGCUUGCAAUUCAUCGUGAUAAGAUAUUUGCUAGGCUUGAGCGCAUGAUAGAGAAGCGAUCAUGA